AUGUUUGCCCCUGCUGCAGCCCCCAAGUCUCAACUCGGCCGCUAUCGCCUGCUAGCACCUACAGCCGGCGUUAAAGUGAGCCCGCUAUGCCUAGGAGCGAUGAAUUUCGGUGAAGGAUGGAAGGCAAGACUCGGCGAAUGCGACAAGGAAACCUCCUUCAAGAUCCUAGAUACAUACUACGACAACGGAGGAAAUUUCAUUGACACAGCCAAUAACUACCAAUCCGAAGACUCAGAGAAAUGGUUAGGCGAAUGGAUGGAAGCCCGCGGCGUUCGCGACCAAAUCGUCCUCGCAACGAAGUAUACAACAGGUUUCCGCAGCCAUGUCCCAUCAGAGAUCCAGGCGAACUUCGUUGGCAAUAAUGCCAAGAGUGUGAAGUUGUCUGUGGAGGCUAGUCUGAAGAAGUUGCGGACGGAGUAUAUUGAUUUACUCUACGUCCACUGGUGGGAUUUCGCCACAUCGAUCGAAGAAGUAAUGACUUCUUUAAAUCAACUGGUCAUUUCUGGGAAGGUCUUGUACCUCGGUAUCAGUGAUACGCCCGCGUGGGUUGUCACCAAGGCGAAUCAAUACGCCCGCGACCACGCCCUGCGCCCCUUCUCGGUCUACCAAGGAAAAUGGAACGCCGCAACCCGCGAUUUCGAACGCGACAUAAUCCCCAUGGCUGCAUCUGAAGGAAUGGGCCUCGCACCAUGGGGAUCCCUCGGCGGUGGCGCCUUCAAAACCGAAGCUCAACGCGAAGAACUCUCCAAAUCAGGUAAUCCAGGACGACAAGUCCCACCCAGCGCGACUGAUAUCGCUGUCUCUAAGGUCCUUGAAGCUGUUGCGGCGCGGCAUGGGACUGUUAUCACUAGUGUGGCGCUUGCGUAUGUGAUGCGCAAGGCGCCGUAUGUUGUUCCUAUUGUUGGGGGUCGGAAGGUUGAGCAUCUUUUGGGGAAUAUUGAGGCCUUGGGUCUUGAUCUUUCUGAUGAGGAUGUUGCUGAGAUUGAGGGAGCUUAUGAGUUUGAUAUUGGGUUCCCUAUGAAUUUCUUAUUCAGGGGAGCUCUUAAGGAGGCGCAUCCUUCUAACAGUACGUUUGUUAAUUCUGUCGUUAAGCUUGAUACUCCGGAUUUGGUGAGGGCUGUUAGGCCCAAGAAGUUGGAUGAGUAA